AUGCUCGCGCGUACACUCUGCCGCUCGUCUCAGCAGCAUCACGCGUCGCUCCAUCGUAUCGCUCACCACCGCGUACUGUGUUCUGUACACAAGAAGCCAAUCGUGAGCACUGCUAUCCCACUAAAAGUCGGUAUUGCUGCGGGCAGUCUAGCGGGUAUCGUCUCAGGAUUGACUGGCGUUGGCGGAGGCAUCAUUCUGAUUCCGGCAUUGGCCAAGUUCACGUCCCUAUCUCAGCAAGUGAUCAAUGGCACCUCAAUUGGCGCAGUUGCAAUUGCUGCAUCAGUCGGAGCAUCCAACUACAUCCAGUCCGGAGCUUGCAACGUCCCGCUGGCUUUGGCCACGACAAUUCCAGCUAUAAUUGCCACAAAAUACGGCGUCCGAACGGCUCACCAACUCUCCAGCAAAAAGCUGUCACUGCUCGUGGGUUCAGCCAUGCUCGCAUGCUCUCCACUCAUUUUCCUCAAGAACAGCUCGCUCAUGCCCAAGUGGAGCGACGGGCAGGACCCGUUGGAUCUCCAGUUUGUUGUGCCCCAGCAGAAGGACCUUGAAAAGGCACGUACCAUGUCGGAGAAAGGUGCAGUGGACCCGUCAGGUCCAGCAACAUCCACGACGGUGUCGGACCAGUACGUGGAACGGGUACAGGCCAACUGGAAAGGCUUUGCUGCAGUGAACGUCAAGUACGUGUUCGCCGGUGCAGUCUCAGGCUUCAUCUCGGGACUCUGUGGCCUUGGCGGAGGUCUCCUCAUUACAUCCUACCUAACAGCUGCAAGUGACAUGCCACAAGCCACAAUCAUUGGCACAUCGCUGCUGUCGGUGGUCCCGACGGCGGCGUCAUCGACGAUAUUCAAUCUACGAGCAAAGUCCGUUCACUUGCCAACCGCCGCUCGCAUCGGUGGCUCGCUGGCUGUUGCUGUUUAUUGUACUUCCAAGUACGUUACCCUCGAUGUACCCGAGGACGUUCUACGUGGUGUACUAGGCACUACACUUGGUGCCGCCGCCUUCGUCAUGAUGCGUCGUGCCAUUUAG